GCGAGUGUGUGAGUGUGUGCCUCCUGUCUGCUCUCCCCAUUCUAUAGUUGUCUCUCCUGGGAGGUCAGAAUUCCCAGAGGAUUGGAGUGGGAGAACGCGCCAAGCUGUGGAGUACCAUGAGGAAGUCAUCGACCUCAGGUGUCACGAGGACAACGAGUGGACGACUACGCAAACUCAGCAGCGAUGUGACCAGUCCAACACUAAAGAGGUCCUUUGAGGUUGAGGAGGUUGACCAGUCUUCGAACCCCUCUGUCCAGCCCCGCAGAACUCCAAACCCACUCCUAAGAGGGGCUGCUGCACAGAAAUUUCAAGAACAAAGCCCUAGAAAUGCAGAAGCACUCCUGAGACAUGCAGAAAUCGGAGGCCAAAGAUCUCCAAAAUCAGCAUUGAGGAGAAUCGACCUGGCGGGAUCGCGGCAUCCAGAAACCAUGUCAAGACGAACAGAAAUCUCCAUCGACAUCUCAUCCAAGCAGGUGGAAAAUUCUGCCCCAGCAGUUUCCCGGUUUGGUUUGAAGAGGGCAGAACUACCAGGCCACAAACCUCCUGAGCCCACUCCAAGAAGAGCGGAGAUAACUCUGGGAAAGCCUCAUGAGCUCCGAGGGGAGUCUCCAAGUUCUAAAAUUCCUGAGUUGCCUCAGAGAAGAACAGAAGAAUCCAAUGCUAGAAAAGUUGAGCUACAGAUGCCUAAAUCCCCAGAAGUCCCCCAAGUUAAACAGGUGGAAAACUCCAUACCUUCAUCGACCAUGCUUCACCAUCAGCCAGAGCCAAAACUGCAAACCGUCCAGAUAGAAGUUCAGCAGCAGAGAGCACAAGAGGUUAUUGAGGACACUCAGCCGUACGCUGCCAACAUGACAGACGUGAUCAGGGACGCAGGGGUAAAGCAGCCUCUUCCACCCCGUGUAGGGGAGAAGCCGACCAUGGAUUUUGGAUAUGUGGGCAUAGAUGCUAUUUUGGAGCAGAUGAGGAAAAAAGCAAUGAAGCAAGGGUUCGAGCUGAACAUCAUGGUGGUUGGUCAAAGCGGUCUUGGAAAAUCUACAUUAAUAAAUACACUCUUCAAAUCCAAAGUCAGCAGAAAAUCUGUGCAACCGGCAGCUGACGAGAGAAUUCCAAAAACUAUAGAGAUAAAAAGUGUCACUCAUGAAAUUGAGGAAAAAGGGGUUCGGAUGAAGCUGACAGUCAUAGACACUCCUGGAUUUGGGGACCACAUUAAUAAUGAGAACUGCUGGAUGCCUAUUAUGAAGUUCAUUAAUGACCAGUAUGAAAAGUACUUACAGGAAGAGGUGAACAUCAACCGUAAGAAGAGAAUCCCAGACUCCAGAGUCCACUGCUGUAUAUACUUUAUUCCGGCCACAGGACACUCACUCCGGCCACUGGACAUCGAGUUCAUGAGACGCCUGAGUAAAGUGGUGAACAUUGUACCCGUCAUUGCCAAAGCAGAUACGUUAACCCUAGAGGAAAGAGAUUAUUUUAAACAGAGAAUCCGUCAAGAUCUACAGAACAAUGGUAUAGAUAUCUAUCCUCAGAAGGAGUUUGAUGAGGAUGCAGAAGACAGGCUGGUGAAUGAGAAGAUCAGAGAAAUGAUUCCAUUUGCUGUUGUCGGUAGUGACCAAGAGUACCAGAUUAAUGGUAGGCGAAUACUGGGCCGGAAAACCAAGUGGGGGACCAUUGAAGUGGAAAACGUUGGUCAUUGUGAAUUUGCUCACUUGCGAGAUCUUCUGAUAAGGACGCACAUGCAAAACAUCAAAGACAUAACAAGCAGUAUUCACUUUGAAGCAUACCGCGUCAAGAGGCUUCAAGAAGGCAACAUGCUCUCCAACGGCACAUCGGAAAAAGACUACUCCUCCAACGAGAUGUAAUCCUGGGACCGUACACCCUCCAUCACCAUCAUCCUGUCUUUCAGUUUCUGUGUGUUCAGCUCCUGUGACCUUGUGCGUGAGAAAUAAUGAGGAGAAAGUACAGGAAGGUUAGCCCAUUAAUUUUCAGGGUCCCCAGGUCUGGCUGGGCCAUGAUCUGCAAGUUUGUGCCAUAAAAGGGAGAAGGUAUCAUGGCAGUCAUUAGACUGAGAGGGGAACUGUAAACAUCCGCAUUCACUUUUUGUUUUUCCUACUAGUGGGAGCCACGUUACUGCCUUGUUCCAUUCCGCAGUAUCUUUCUCAUUGCUACUUUUAGGUGACCGUGAACUGUAUAGAGAUAUAGCGCAUUGUAAGUACAGGUGGCUCUCUCAU